AUGACCAGAGUAUACUACAAAGAGGCUGUGGGUGCCUUUAUAGUGUUUGAUGUUACCAGAGUAUCAACUUUUGAAGCCAUAACGAAGUGGAAAUCUGACCUGGAUAGCAAAGUUUAUCUUCCAAGCGGUGGACCCAUACCUGCCAUUCUUCUCGCCAACAAGUGUGAUCAAAAGAAGGAGAACAGUAUGCCAAGCUCUUCCCAGCUUGAUCAUUUCUGUAAAGAAAAUGGUUUUGUUGCAUGGUUUGAAACGUCUGCAAAGGACAAUGUUAACAUUGAUGACGCUUCUCGAUGCUUGGUGGAAAAUAUUCUUCAGAAUUGCAAGAAUUUCCCUAUAGAGGAGAAUGAUGUCAGCACAGUACAGCUUGAAAAGGAGCCUUUGACAGCGGAAAGUAAAUCGCUAUGCUGCUAA